AUGAGUGUUCUAAAGGUCAAAAACAAUACUGCUCUACUCGUGAGAUUUGUAGGUGUUUCGAACACAUUCCUGCAAGAAAUAUCAGAAAUUCUUCUGGCCAAGACGGGUAUCAGCAAUGUUGAAAAGAGUCAUUCUCAGUCAGCAUCUGCUGAGAGUACCGCAUAUCACAGUCUACGGAAACAUAAUUUGGAAAAGACAACGCUGAGCUUCAGUCUCCAGAUUUGUAUUCUAUUGGCCAAAAGAGCGUUCAAGUAUCGUGGUUUCUAUGGUUCAUUCCGAGUGUGGCGACUUUCUGCUGCAGCCCCUUCGGCCCCUGUUGAUACAUGCGACUGUGAGUUGCGAGUGGUACGGCUUCUUCCUGUUGUUCCUAAUGAUGGUUCAUGUAUGUCACUGUCCAACGAUACAGCUGAGUGA